AGUGUAAUAUAUGUUUUACGAUGGACAAUUUUUGAUUGAUUAUAAGAACAAAGCACCAACCUUAAUUUCCAAUUUACGUAGCCAAGUAUCCGGUAAAUAGGCAAAACAAUUAUUCACUGUUAUAAACUUAACAAUAAAACGUUCACUUUGCAUUCUCGUUCAUAAAAUUACAGACCAAUGAGACUAAAAUCCAGAAUAUACAAGAAGAUAUACACGUAUAAAGAAAAUAUAUGAUAAAUAUUCGGUGGUGUUCAUUAUUUCUACAUUCCUGAUUGGUUGUCAUGAAUCAGAGCACAACCAAUCAGAGAAAGUACUAACAAUAACUGUGAUAUUUUGAACGGCGUCAACUUCAGUUGCUCUGACGACAUACAAAUGAGCUGUACAGUAACGUAUCGGUGGCAAAAGAAUUUUAUAAAUGAGAAACAUCCUUGAACCAGAGCACAUCAAAUUAUAAUUCUUCCAGUAGCUUCCAAGUAAAUCAGAAUAUCUCAUUUACUAUCUGGAAAUAAUUUUCUAUAUAAAAACUUUAAACUUUCGUUUCGUAUAAAUUAGUGAAAUUUUGGACCACUUUCUUCGUGAUCGCGUGUGUUUAUGGCAGUUGCAACGAAUCAAUCACUUCUAUGUAUUUUGUUAUUUUCUCUUGUGCUAUUAUUUUCAAAGUCUGUGUUAAUGAUUUUGAACAACAGUGAAAUCAUGUCCUCGAAUUUAGUUUAACGAAGAAAAAAAAAAUUUUUUAAUUUCAAGAAUUUAUGAGAAUGGCACCAUCAAAAAUUUUAAAUGUGCAAAAUAAACAAAGUAGUACUAAUGUAAUAAGAAAAGGAAUAACUACAAGAAGUCAAAAUUCUGCAUUAAAUAAUGUUUUACUUAAAGCACCUGCAAAUGGUAAAGAAUCUCGUGUGAAAAGGAAAGCAGAAGCAUCACCACCAAAGGAAAAAACAACAAAAAGAUCUGCAUUAGGAAAUAUUACCAAUGCAAUUGGAAAAACAUUGGGUACACAUCAAACACAAGAACCAAAGAAAGCAGUAAAAAAAACAACAGUUACUCAAAUAAAAUCUUUCACUCAGACAAGUUCUAUUAGAACGCUUGAAAAAGGUGUAAUUAAACCAGAGGUAAUACCUCAGAAACCAAAGCCAGUGCCUCGUGUAAAACCAAUAAAAAAGGACGAAGAAAAAACUGAAAUACCUAGUAAAAUUUUAAAUGUUAGACGUAGUUUAGAUUUAGAAAAGUCAGAGGACAGUUCUUUGUAUGUAAGUGCAUUAGAAGAAAUAACAGAUGAUAGUACAAAGAAGUCCAGAAGAAGUAAUAUUCAGCCUGAGGAACCUGAAAAAACAGAAGUAGGAAAUGAAUCAAAUGAGCCUCAAGUACCUGCAAAAACUCAAGAAAGGUCAGCAGCUCAAUUAGAUGCUGCUCCUGAGCAAAUAUUGCCAGAAGGAGUUCAGUGGGAUUUUGAUGCAGAAAAUUGGUUAGAUCCAUUUCAAGUCUCUCAUUAUGCCAUGGACAUUUUCAAUUACUUAAAAAGUAGAGAACAUUUAUUUCCUAUUGGAGAUUAUAUGGAAAGACAAGUAUGUCUUUCGCCAUGGAUGAGAGCCUUACUAGUUGAUUGGAUGGUAGAAGUUCAAGAAUCUUUUGAACUUAAUCAUGAAACUUUAUAUUUGGCUGUGAAAUUAGUUGAUCUAUAUUUGACAAAAGUAACUGUUGUAAAAGAAACAUUACAAUUAUUAGGUGCUGCAAGUCUUUUCAUAGCAAGUAAAUAUGAUGAAAGAAUUCCUCCAAUGGUGGAAGAUUUUUUGUAUAUAUGUGAUGGUGCUUAUAAGCAAAGAGCAUUAAUUAGAAUGGAAAUGAGUAUAUUAAAAGUAGUUGAUUUUGAUCUUGGCAUACCUCUCUCUUAUCGAUUUCUUAGACGAUAUGCUAGGUGUGCAAAAGUUUCAAUGCCAACAUUAACUUUAGCUCGAUAUAUUUUGGAGUAUUCAUUAAUGGAUUACUCGACGAUAAGGAUUAGUGAUAGUAAAAUAGCUGCAGCUGCACUUUUACUUGCAUUACGAAUGAAAGAUUUAGGAGGGUGGACUUCAACUCUAGAGUAUUAUAGUGGAUAUAAAGUUGAUGACAUACGAGAUAUCGUACAUCUUUUAAACCAAGGAUUACAUCGAAAAGAAACUCUUACUACUGUACGUAAUAAGUACAGUCAUAAGAUAUUUUUUGAAGUAGCAAAGCUGCCAUUAAAAGAUACUUUAGAUAUAUAAAUAAUUUAAAUAAGGAAAUAUAGUUGACAGUAUGCAAGAUUGCCUAAUCAUUGAUAGGUAAUCUGUAAUAAAAUUUGUGAAGAAUUAAAAUGAUCACUGAGCGUUAAUUUAUAAAUCAAGAUAACUGUUAAUUUAUGUCAUAAUGAAAUCAUAAUAAGUAAAUCUUUAAAUUAUCUAUUAUCUA